AGGUCAUUGAAAUUUGGCUCUCCCUAUGAUGUCAUAAGGGGAUCUUAUUAUAAUAAUAUCGCCCUUAAUCUGCACUAUCCAACCACGGCACUGCCAUUUUGUGCAGAGAGAAAGAGAGAGAAAAUAAUUGAAAGCACAAUUGAGUUUCAAUUUCAACAAACCACCAUCAUUGCGAUCAGUGUUUGAAUUUCAUCAGCUCAUUUGCAUUUUAAAGGACACACCCAAAAACGGCACAUUUUGCUCUCACCUACAAAGUGGAAAUUUUAACAUGAUAUAAUAAAUUAUCUAUAUUGUAUUUUGAGCUAAAACUUCUCAUAUGUACUCUGGGGGCACCAAAGAUUUAUUUUACAUCUUAAAAAAGUCUUGUGACAUGGCACCUUUAAAUUUGUCUGUCUGGUUUAUUGAAAAUCAGAUAGCUGAAUUCAGAAACUGUCAAAAGAUUAUUUAUGCAAUUUUGGCUAAAACAAGGCAAAAUCUUGCUUGCUGAGAAUCAACUCAUCAAAUAAAUAUUUAAAUAAAGGACAACAUUACUAUUCAUCAGUUCAUUUGUGUCUGCGAGACUCCAGUCAUGAUGCGGUUAAAUGCUGACUGCGCGUGGAGCAUCCACCCACCUCUCCUCUCUCUCUCGUGAUGACGGUUUGCUCCUCCACACGCCGCAUGUGCGAGCGCGUGUCAGCGGAAGGCGUGUGUGGAUGGCCCGCGUCGCGCUCUAUCGCAGCAUCACUUCAUCCCUCGAUUGAUAGCGACAGAUACACGACUGAUAUUUGCUGGAUCGGCGCAUCUCUCUCUCCCCCCUCUCUCUCUGUCUCGGCUGGACAGUGAAAUGAUGCUGCAGCGCUCACUCGCUCUUUCUUUAAAGUGACUGUAUGCCCACCUCGUCUUACACCAGUAGGCCAAAGAACAGCCCACAUACAACUGUCACCAUCAUCAUGACGACAUCGGCCCUGCGGCGACAGGUAAAGAACAUUGUGCACAACUAUUCAGAUGCUGAAAUCAAGGUGAGAGAGGCGACAUCCAAUGACCCCUGGGGUCCGUCCAGUUCACUGAUGUCAGAGAUCGCCGAACUGACCUUCAGUGUGGUGGCGUUCAGCGAGGUCAUGGCCAUGGUGUGGAAACGACUUAAUGAUAACGGCAAGAACUGGAGACAUGUGUACAAGGCUUUGACUCUGUUGGAUUAUUUGGCCAAGACGGGCUCUGAACGGGUCGCCCAGCAGUGUCGUGAGAACGCCUUCACCAUUCAGACGCUCAGAGACUUCCAGUACGUGGACCGAGACGGGCGAGAUCAGGGCGUGAACGUGCGCGAGAAAGCCAAGCAGCUGGUGGCUCUGCUGAGGGAUGAGGAGCGUUUGCGUCAGGAGAGAGCACAGGCCCUUAAAACCAGAGAGAGGAUGACGGGGGGCGGCGGGGUGGGAGGAGUGCCACCUGCGUACCCCAGCAGACGUAGCAGUCAACCCAGCAUGGCAGCGCUUUACGGAGAAGACUUGAGUCAGUCCAGAGGAUCUCCAUCUUCAUUUAACUCAUCGUCGUCAUCACCGAGAGCAUCUGAUCUGGAACAGACCCGACCUCAGACCAGUGGAGAAGAAGAACUACAGCUACAGCUCGCUCUAGCCAUGAGCAGAGAGGAUCAACGUACGCAUCCUGGAGAAGAAGGUCGACUUCCGAAAGUUCAGGAGGAGAUGAGCGAGAGAGAUUCAGGAACUGGAGGGUCGGCCGUGAUCGAUCUGGUUGAUAUUUUUGGCCCCACGUCUGCUGCCCCUGCCGACGAUGAUCCCUGGGAUGCCCCGCCUACAUGCCCUGUGACCUCUGACCCCUGGGAGACUGUAGCUGGAAUCGGUAGUCCGUGGAAGACCCGACCUUCCUCCGGUAGUCCCGCCCAUCAUUGGGGCCACAACCAAUCACCUUGUGAUCCCUGGGAAGCCUCACCCUCAAACAGUUCAUUAAAUACGGCAGAACAGGCCUGGAGGAGUCCAGCACGAGCAGCUCUGAGUGGGAGGGACCCAUUUUGCAUUCAUGAGGAAGAGGAGGAGGAGCUUCAGGUGGAGGAGGAGGAGCCUGGAGUCAAGCAGGAGGGGCCAAACCGAGUGUUCAGCCCUCGCUGUGAAAGUCCAGCAGAAGUUGAGCAGUUUGAGAUCACUGGUGUUCAGAUGAACGGCAGGGACAGUGACAGUCCAGAUAGUUUUGACCUUUCUCGUCUGGCACCUCCUCUGGACGGGUUGACCCCCAGACCGUGCCGGACCCCUGAAGCUUUCCUCGGACCCACGGCCGCUUCCCUCGUAAACCUGGACGCGCUAAUCCCGACCAACCCACCCGUCAAGAGCAAAAACCCUUUCCUUUCAGGUCUGAGCGCACCCUCUCCUACGAACCCUUUCCACUUUGACCAACCCAGGCUGACUCUGAAUCAGAUGAGACCGAGCUCCACCUCUCCCCUGCCGGGCCACGCCCUCUCCUACAGCGCCUCCCUACCUCUGCCCCUGCUACAGCAGAAACCUCAGUCUCUGACCUCAUCGUACACCCAACCUCACCACGGUCUCCUGGACAUGCCCAGUAACCUGCCUCAACCUCUGCUGCCUCUGUGCACCGCCUCUGUCCAGCCCUCCACCAUACACCCACAUCACCAGAGCCACAACCCCUUCCUCUGAGAGAGAUCUGAAUUCAGAUUUAAAUCACUUCUGUUGAACUGAAUGUAUUCCUUUCGUGUUUGGUGCAAACAGACUUUUUAAAUGUUACAGUCUUACUGUUACUUUUAGCUAUAAACUCUUGCCAAUAAGAUAUUACACAUUAUGACAUCAUUUAUGUUAAUUUACAUUCAAAUGCCCAUAUGCAUUCUGUAUAAUAACCGAAAUAUAAAAUUACAGCUUUUAUAUCAGGUCAAUAUGAUGUCAAACUCUGCCUGUUUCCCAGUACAUGUUCCAACACGAUCGUUCAGUGCACGUUAUUUAAAAUUGAAUCACAACUUUCCUGUUUCAGACGGUGCACGCUAUUGGUCCAUGUUAACUAUUUGUCAAACAGCUAGUUAGGCUUUAUAGUAUUGCCAAUAUGCCAGGUUAUUUAAGGUUACAGCAAUAAUAACAGAUAAUUGUGGAUCAAUUGCCCCUCUUUAAAAUGGGGGGCGGGGCUUCUGGUUUUCCACAAUCCUUUCAGGUCUGGUAUUAUACUGUUAUAAAACCUACACUCAACAAUCCAGUCAGAUCAUAAUAGAUCAGAUCAACUUCUGCUUCACAUUUUUUUGAAUGUUACACAAGUAAACUGUUGAUCUUAAUACAAUAUUGGCUUUAACUUAUUUUGCUAUAAAGAAACAGCAUGCUGCUACAAAGGGUUUGAAUGUCAGUAUUUCAUUCAAAAUACUCUCUCCUCCUCAGCCCUUAGAUAUGUGGGACUGAGACACGUACCCAAGAGGAAAUUUCAGGAACAUAAAUCUAAUGAACCUUACACCAAUAAUAAGUGCAUCACACACGAUUUUCUCCUGCACCCUUAUGUACUUUCUGCUGCCUUGUAUCUGUGGAUGCCUGUUUGAUGUACCGGAUCCAGCACUGAUUGUAAAUAGACUGUCUCAUCGACAGUCCCACAAUGCACCGGGGCUGGCACCUCACUUCCUGUUCGGAUCUCAGGAGUGCCACCUGCUGAAAGCCACAUAGCCAAUGAAACUCACAGCUGAUGUCUGUUUAAAUAGAGGAUAUGACUUCAAGAAGAAAUGUUUUAUAAAGGCUGCAGUAUGUCAGACUUUCUGUGCGUUCACACCAGAUGCGGAAGAGGCGGCAAAAACGCACUAUUCAUGCGUAGUUGGAUCUUGAACAUUUUGAGUUUACUCGCUUCUUUUUGCACGUUAAAUUGCGCAUGAAAUUCUAGUCAUUCGAGACAUUCAUAUGUAAAUUCGCAUCGUGGGAGGGGCUUAUAUAGCUCAAAUUGAGUAUUAACAGAUUCUUUGACUUCCUCACUCUUCCAAACAAGAUCCAAGAUCCUUUUAAUUCCUGUGAUGAUGAUUGUCCUCAAUUGUUGUUUUGUUUUACUGCCUCCGCUCCCUUACGGUAAUCAUGUCACUGCUAGAGCAAGCUAUUGAUUGGUUAACGCGGCCUGUCAGAUUUUUCAACUUGCGCGGAUCACACGGCAACCCUCAAUUCGUGCGUACUACUCUUCCGCGUCUGGUGUGAACGCACCUUUAUCUUAUGCUGUUAUAUCUUUUCUCUCUGAACAAUAAUUUAAGUACCAGCUUUACUAGACAUCACUACUGGUAAAUAUGAUUGAAUUAUUCCAGGUUAACCAGGUGAAUUGUUUAAUCCUCUAUGAGAUAAAUGGUGUACAUUAAUGGCACUAAUAAAUGAAUGUCACUUUUAAUGCUGUUUAUGUUUCUCGUUUAUUUCUUUGCAGAUGUUUUAAAAUUCCACAAAAUCCCAGCAAGCAAUUUUGCAUUUAAAAGACAUCUUAUAGUUGUCCAGUCACAGCUUACAUGUCUAGAAUAAAACAAGACAAAAUUUGGGCUGUCAGUUUAAUAGAUGCUAACCAUAGCCGAAAAAUAAAUAAAUGAAACCAAACACCUUGUAA